GUGUCGCGAGACUCGGUCCCUGCGCCUUCCCCCGGGUGGCCCCGCGCUCCCUCCUCUUCCGGCCCCGCCGCGCGCGCACGGAGCAGCGAGAUGCCCGGGGUGACGGUGAAGGACGUGAACCAGCAGGAGUUCGUGCGGGCCCUGGCGGCUUUCCUCAAGAAGUCGGGGAAGCUGAAGGUGCCCGAGUGGGUGGACACGGUGAAGCUGGCCAAGCACAAGGAGCUGGCGCCCUAUGACGAGAACUGGUUCUACACGCGGGCCGCUUCCACCGCCCGGCACCUGUACCUGCGCGGCGGCGCCGGCGUGGGCUCCAUGACCAAGAUCUACGGCGGGCGGCAGCGCAACGGCGUCAUGCCCAGCCACUUCAGCCGCGGCUCCAAGAGCGUUGCCCGCCGCGUGCUGCAGGCGCUCGAGGGGCUCAAGAUGGUGGAGAAGGACCAGGAUGGCGGGCGCAAGCUGACGCCGCAGGGGCAACGGGAUCUGGACAGGAUCGCUGGGCAGGUGGCGGCCGCCAGCAAGAAGCACUAGGGGCGACGCUGCGGAAUAAAACCGGCUUCGUUAA